AUGUUCGCCAGUAGAAAGCUGGUGGAAAAAGCGCUUGGCGAAGUGAAAAAGAAGUUUGUAGGGGUUGUUUCGGCGAAAUUACCAGCCGAUGGAAUGGAAUACGAUUUAGUUCAAUAUAGGUGUAGAAAUUUAUUUGACAACACUGUAAUCGGUGGGAAAUACUCGCGAGCGUCGCUUUGUGUCGACACAAUACGAGCACUACAGCCGCAUUUACGAGAUGAAACACAGGAGUUACAGGCGGUUUGUGAAGCAGCUGCGACGCUGGAAAUUAUUCAAAGUUUCUAUCUGAUCGCCGACGACAUCAUGGACAAUUCCGAGACACGACGUGGAAAACAGUGUUGGUUCCGGAGAGAAGGUGUGGGGAUGUCGGCUAUCAAUGACGCCUUCAUAAUGGAUUCAUUCGUUGAAGAUAUUCUUAGACUCGCUCUUCCUGGACAUGUCAAUCUUGACAGAUUGUGUGAAGCUUAUCGGAAGUCGAAACAAAAAACAUUGAUUGGACAGUUCCUGGAUACAUCAUCCGUCAAUCAAAUUUCUUCGUUCACCUGGGAUCGUUACGAAUUGAUGGUUGAGAACAAGACAUCUCAUUAUACAGUAUUCCAUCCUCUUCAAAUGGCUCUUAUCAUUUCUGAUGUACUUGCUUAUCAUGGUGCCGUAAAAAAAGCCGCAUAUCAAAUCGGAUUCUUGUUUCAAUCGCAGGACGACUUUUUAGAUGUUUAUGGAGAUCCAACGAUUACUGGAAAGAUUGGAACUGAUAUACAGGACGGAAAAUGUACGUGGCUUGCCGUUCGUGCUCUCCAAAAAAUGCACUCUACACCACAAAAAUCUGCUCAUCUCAUUACUGAUUUCAAGCAAAGUUUCGGAUCUUCUGAUCCGGAAAAAAUCGAAAAAAUCAAGAAAAUCUAUAAUGAGUUGCAAUUGAGAGAGGAAUUUCGUCGCACUAAUAUCGAGAUGCCAACUUCACUUCAACACUCAAAACCACGUGUCUCGUAUUAUUAUGAUGGAGAUUUCGGAAAUUUCUAUUACGGACAGGGACACCCGAUGAAACCACAUCGAGUUAGAAUGACACACAGUUUGAUUGUCAAUUACGGAUUGUAUCGGGCUUUGAAUGUGAUGCGGCCUGCGCGAGCUUCGUUUUACGAAAUGACUCGUUACCACUCGGAUGAUUACAUCAAUUUUCUUCGACAAGUGAAGUCUGACAAUAUUUCAACUCUUACUGAUCAAAUGACACGUUUCUCAGUUGGUGAAGACUGUCCAGUAUUCGAUGGAAUGUAUGAAUUUUGUCAGUUAUCAUGUGGAGGAUCCCUCGCUGCUGCAGCCCAAUUGAACAGAAAAGAGUCAGAUAUUGCAAUUAAUUGGAUGGGUGGACUUCAUCAUGCAAAGAAAUCAGAAGCUUCAGGGUUCUGCUAUUCGAAUGAUAUCGUUUUAGCGAUUCUAGAAUUGUUAAAAGUUCACAAAAGAGUUCUCUACAUAGAUAUUGAUGUUCAUCAUGGUGAUGGAGUUGAAGAGGCCUUUUAUACAACUGAUAGAGUAAUGACGGUCUCGUUUCAUAAACAUGGAGAAUAUUUCCCAGGAACCGGAGAUUUAAAAGACGUUGGAGCUGGACACGGCAAAUAUUACGCAUUGAACGUUCCGCUCCGAGAUGGUGUUGAUGAUUUUACAUACGAAAGAAUUUUCCAAACAGUUAUGGGCGAAGUGAUGGCACGGUUCCAACCAGAAGCAGUUGUUCUCCAAUGCGGAGCUGAUUCCUUGGCUGGAGAUCGACUUGGAGUAUUCAAUUUGACUACAUAUGGACAUGGAAAAUGCGUGGAGUACAUGAAAAGUUUCAAUGUUCCUCUGUUGCUUGUCGGUGGUGGUGGAUAUACUAUUCGAAACGUUUCAAGAUGCUGGGUGUACGAAACGUCGAUUGCUUUAAAUUUGGAUGUUGCUGAUGAUCUUCCCGUGAACGAUUACUUCGAAUACUUCAUCCCAGACUACAAACUUCAUAUAAAACCACUCACAACUCUAAUCAAUUUCAAUACUCCAGAAUUCAUUGAUCAGACGAUUGUCUCCCUUUUAGAAAAUUUGAAACAACUCCCUCAUGUCCCGUCAGUUCAAAUGCAUCCCACUUCAAUCAGUUCUGAUGCAGUUGUGAAGACUUUCGAUCAGAGUCUUCGAAGAGAUCACCAGAACGAUGACAUACGAGAGUCACGUUUCGAUGAAGAUGUUAGAGUGGAAAAUUCUUCAGAAUUCUACGAUGCUCGGGAGCCAACUUCGAGAAACACUCAAUCCAACAAGCGGCAGCGAAACAUGAACACUGCAGAAGUGGAAGGUUUCAAAAAGACACGAAUCGGAGAGGAAGAUGAUGUGUGA